GUAGGUUAGUAUUGAGGUUAACAUACUCUUAAUCGUCUUAUGUAAGCCAUGGCUACUUUCAGUACUUCGUUCCUUGGAUCAAUCACAGAUGUAAAUCAUAUCAGAUCUCCGUUAUUAAGCCACAAAUUGGUUGCUUCUUCUCUCUGUUUUUCUGGUCAGAAGUUGCAAUUGGCAGCGGUUUCGACGGUGGUAGAGAUGGGGGGAGGGGCGAAGUUUAAGGGAACGCAUAUGAGAGAGAAGAAGUUGACGGACAUGAUAGAAAACAAGGUGACGGAAGCGCAGGAGGUGUGUGCCGGCAAUGAAGGCUCCGAUGAGUGUAAGCUGGCAUGGGAUGAGGUGGAAGAGAUUAGUCAGGUGAAAGCUCAUCUCCGGGCGAAGUUAGAGCAUGAAGAAGAUCCUCUGGAAUCGUUCUGCUCUGGAAAUCCAGAAACCGGAGAGUGCAGAAUUUACGACGAUUGAUCGGAGAAGAAGUUUA